AUGUCUAGCCUAAAGAUUCUUGUUCCUCUAGUCCUUUUAGCAGUCAGCGUCAAUUGCAUGACUAAGCAAUUAUAGCUCACAUAAAAUGAAAAAAAUAUUAUUUUGGAAGCAGCCCAAUCCGCCGAACCACUCUAAAAAGAUGAAUUAAAAAGUCUAUUUAUCGAUGUAAUAAUUAGAACCAUGUAAAACUAUAACUGGUAAUCUGAUACCUUCCCUUAAAUGUUUUCUGAAGAAAUAGUAGCUUCACUUUUAGGAGAUUAAAAAGAAUCAAUUUCAGCUAAAGAUUUGGAAACUUUUGUCGAAGAAGGCUAGUUCUCAAAAAUUUAUUAGAAUUAUUUUAAAAGGGUUGUUUCUUUCUUGGCUAAAUCAUUAGAACAAGACUAAGCCGAUUUAGAAGAAAAUUUUGAAAUCUACAGUUUAAGCUUUGACACUUACUACAUUUUGAACUAUUCUAUCCCUAAAGCUAAUAUUGUUUGA